AGAUUUCUGAGAAUCAGACACAAACUCCGGUAUCGACGAACGAAGUAACUCAGACACUCAAACCCACUUCAAACUCACUUCAAAGUUUCUUUAAUUUAACCGAGAUAUUAGCUUAUAAGCUACCAUGGCUCCUGAUGCUUCUGCUGCUCUUGCAGCGAGGGAGAAAGUUCAACAAUUCCUGAAUGCAGCUUGUACCGGAAAUCUUGAUUUCCUUAAGAAGGUUGCUCAGCAGCUUGAUGAAGAAAAAGACAUAACAAAAACUGUUGACAGUAUCAAAGACGCAAACAAACGUGGGGCGCUUCAUUUCGCUGCGAGAGAAGGACAAACUGAAAUCUGCAGAUAUCUCUUGGAAGAGCUGAAACUCGACGCCGAUACAAAAGAUGAAGCUGGAGAUACUCCACUUGUUCAUGCUGCAAGGCAAGGACAGAUUGCAACGGCAAAGUAUCUUUUAGAUCAUGGAGCCGAUCCUAAUAUUGCAAGUGAACUAGGAGCCACAGCAUUGCAUCAUGCGGCUGGGACAGGGGAAAUCGAGUUGCUAAAGGAGUUGCUUUCUAGAGGUGUCCCUGUUGAUUCUCAAAGCGAGUCUGGCACGCCACUAAUCUGGGCUGCAGGCCACGACCAAAAAGAUGCUAUGGAAGUCUUGUUAGAACACAAUGCCAAUCCUAAUGCCGAGACCGAAGAUAAUAUCACACCAUUGUUAUCUGCAGUGGCAGCUGGUUCUCUAGCAUGCUUAGAGCUGUUGGUCAAGGCAGGUGCCAAAGCUAAUGUUUUUGCUGGUGGUGCGACUCCGUUGCACAUUGCCUCUGAUAUUGGAGAUCUCGAGUUAAUUAACUGUUUACUUAAAGCUGGGGCUGAUCCUAAUCAGAAAGACGAGGAAGGAAAUAGGCCAUUAGAAGUUGCAGCUGCAAGAGAGAACAGAAAGGUUGUUGAGAUGCUCUUCCCAUUGACAACAAAAUCCGAAUCUGUUUCAGAUUGGACAGUAGAUGGAAUUCUCGCUCACAUGAAAUCAAACAGAGAACUGGAACAAGAGGAAAACUCAAGCAAGGGAAAAUCUGGAGGGACUGGGAUCAAGAAAGAUCUUCCUGAGGUCUCCCCAGAAGCAAAGGCGAAAGCUGCAGAAGCAAAAGCAAGAGGACAAGACGCUUUCCACAGAAAGGAUUUCCAGUUGGCCAUUGACGCGUACACACAAGCAAUUGAUUUUGACCCGACGGAUCAUACCUUAUUCUCAAACCGAAGCCUCUGCUGGUUGCGGUUAGGACAAGCUGAGCAUGCCUUAUCCGAUGCUAAAGCCUGCCGAGAACUAAAACCCGAUUGGCCUAAAGGAUGUUUCAGAGAAGGUGCUGCUCUUCGUUUGCUACAGCGAUUUGAUGAGGCAGCCAAUGCCUUUUACGAGGGAGUAUUGCUUAGCCCUGAAAGCAAAGAGCUCGUUGAUGCUUUCAGAGAAGCCGUAGAUGCCGGAAGGAAGUUUCAUGGCAAGGACAAGAUUGAGGCCAAAUCAUAAUAAGAUCUUCGAGAGGUGGCUCUGUGUUAGUAUCUGUAUGAAGUUUUGAUCUGCUUCUUACCUUGGUUUCCCCUUAUGCAGUUUGCCUAUUUUUUACUUAAUGUACUAACAAUGUCAGAAAACAAAGUUGGAUUUGGUAAUGUCUGAUUUUAUUACAAUAUGAUUUUAUUAUGAAAGAUAAAACUGGA